GUUUGGUUUGUUCUCUCGCGAGAAGCCACGAAGUUUCCGGUGUUGUGGAUGUUCCUGGAAACAUGGCGGCCAGCUUCCGCGGCCGCCCGAUCCGGAGUCUUCGGAUGCGAGGUCGGAAUGACAGCGGGGAGGAGAACGUACCGCUGGAUCUGAGCAGAGAACCAUCCGAAAACUUCAGAGAAAUCCUUCAAAAUGUGGCCAAACCACAUGGAGUCAGUAACAUGCGUAAACUUGGCCACCUGAACAACUUUGUCAAGCUCCUCUGCAGUGUUGGUCAUAAUGAGGAAAUCUUUGGGUUUACAUAUGAGGAAAUCAUUGUUUGUUUGCGUUUAGCUUUACUAAAUGAGGCCAAGGAAGUGCGCGCUGCAGGUUUGCGGGCACUGCGCUACCUCAUUCGAGACACCAUUGUACUGCAGAAGGUCCUCAGAUUACAAGUGGAUUAUUUGAUAGCCAGGUGCAUUGACAUCCAGCAGAGCAACGAAGGGGAAAGGACUCAGGCUCUGAGACUUGUCCGAAAGAUCAUCACUGUCAAUGCAAUGCUUUUCCCCACCUCUGUUGCAAACUCUCUUAUUGCUGUGGGGACUGAUGGACUACAAGAGAGAGACCGAAUGGUCCGGGCAGCUAUCGCCAUCAUUUGCGAGCUAGCCCUGAAGAACCCAGAGGUAGUUGCCAAACGGGGAGGCCUCAGCACUAUCUUAAAAAGUGUGAUUGACUGUCAGCUGAGCCGCAUCAAUGAGGCUCUGAUCACCACCAUACUACAUCUUCUCAACCACCCACGUACCCGCCAGUAUGUGCGCAUUGAUGUAGAGUUAGAGCAAAUCCUCGCGCCUUUCACAGAUUUUCACUAUCGUCACAACGCAGACAUGACUGAAGUGCAACUCAAAGAAGACAAAGAAGCACGUUUCUUAUCAAGUAAAAUGGCCAUAGUGGCAGCUUUCCGCUCUUGGUCGGGGAUUAUAAAUUUAUGCAAGGCUGGAAAUUCCGGAAUCCAAUCUUUAAUUGGUUUACUUUGCAUACCAAAUAUGGAAGUCAGGAAAGGCUUGUUGGAGGUCUUAUAUGAGAUUUUCAGGCUUCCUGUGCCCAUUGUAACACAAGACUUCACUGAGGCUCUUCUAAGUGUUGACCGUGCCAGGUUCCAAGAUACAUGGAGACUCUCUGAUGGGUUUGUUGCUGCUGAGGCCAAAGUUGUGUUGCCCCAUCGGGCUCGCUCACGACCUGAUUUGAUGGACAACUACUUAGCGUUUGUGCUGUCUGCCUUCAUCACCAGUGGGCUGCUAGAGGGCCUUGUAGAAGUGGUGACAAGCAAUGAUGAUCAGCUUGCAGUCAGAGCCACCAUCAUCUUAGGCGAACUCCUACAUAUGGCAAACACCAUCCUUCCACAUACGCACAGUCACCACCUGCACUGCCUACCCACCCUUAUCAACAUGGCUGCCUCAUUUGACAUCCCACAGGAAAAACGGCUUCGGGCGAGUGCAGCAGUCAACAAUUUGAAGCGUUUUCAUGAGAGAAAGAAGAAAGGUGUGAAACCACACAGCCUCUAUCUGGACCACGUCAUCCGCAAGUCUGUGUCCUCACAUAGCCGCAGAGAGUCACACUCACGGGUCCAAAGGGACAUCUAUGUCAUAAAGGACACAGAGGAAGCAUUGAUGAUGAACUUGAGAGACAGUCACAUUCUCAACCACAAGCAGAACCUAGAGUGGAACUGGUUGCUUAUUGGCACGAUCCUUAAGUGGCCACACGUAAAUCUCAGGAAUAACAAAGACGAACAGAUGCACAAGUUUGUGCGGAGGCUGCUGUACUUUUACAAGCCCAGCAGUAAAUUGUACGCAGGUCUGUCAUUGGAUCACCUUAAAGCAAGACAACUCACUGUGGUUGGCUGCCAAUUCGUUGAGUUCCUCGUGGACUCCGACGAGGAUGGGCAAGGUUACCUGGAGGAUCUGGUGAAGGAUAUGGUAUCUUGGCUGUCUUCGUCUGCAGGCCUAAAGCCUGACCGCUGCCUGCAGAGCAAUGGCCUGCUCACCACUCUUAGCCAACAUUACUUUCUCUUCCUGGGAACACUCUCUGCACACCCUCAGGGAGUCAAACUUUUAGAGAAAUGUGGCCUGUUUCAGUGCCUGCUGAAUCUGUGCCCACUGAAGAACCAGGAUGCUGUGCUGAAACUUGCUGUAGCCACACUGGACUACAGCAGAGAUGGUCUGGCAAGAGUAAUCCUCUCUAAGAUUCUCACCGCUGCUACUGAUACCUGCAGAUUGUAUGCCACCAAGCAUUUGCGUGUACUGCUGCGAGCAGGUGUGGAGUUCUUUAGCAGCUGGGGCAUGGAGCUGCUGGUCACACAGCUGCACGACCAUAGCAAGGCUGUGUCCAUGGAGGCCCUUGACAUUCUGGAUGAGGCCUGUGAGGACAAGGCCAACCUCCAUGCGCUAAUCCAUUUGAAACCUGCUUUGUCCCACUUGGGAGACAAAGGCCUCCUGCUACUCCUCAGGUUCCUGUCCAUACCUAAAGGUUUCUCUUAUCUCAAUGAGCGGGGUUAUGUCAGUAAACAGCUUGAUAAAUGGCAGAAGGAAUACAACUUAAAAUAUGUGGACCUAAUAGAGGAGCAGCUCAACGAAGCACUAACAACAUAUCGCAAACCUGUUGAUGGAGAUAACUAUGUCAGACGCAGCAACCAAAGGUUACAAAGACCAAAUGUCUAUCUGCCUGUGCACUUGUACGGUCAGCUCGUACAUGAUAAGACAGGCUGUCAUCUAUUGGAGGCUCAGAGUAUAGUUCCUGACCUCAGCUACACUGUUCGCUCCCCGAUGCUGGACACCUGGGAGGGCAUUAAACAGCUGAAAGCUGCUCUUUGGGCUCUGGGCAACAUUGGCUCUUCAAAUUGGGGCCUGAAUCUCCUCCGUGAGGAGAAUGUCAUUCCUGACAUCCUUGCAUUAGCUCAGCAGUGUGAAGUCUUGUCAGUAAGAGGUACAUGUGUUUAUGUGCUGGGAGUGAUCUCCAAGACCAGGCAGGGGUGUGAGCUGUUAAAGCAGUAUGGUUGGGAUGCAGUCAGACACAGUCGCAAGACAUUGUGGCCAGUCACUCCAGAUGAGGUGGAAACACAUCUAACCUCUGAACUGUCGUCUGUGCCAAGCACGCUCAGCCUCAACUCUGAAUCAACCAGCUCCCGCCACAACAGUGAGAGCGAGUCUCAACCAAACAUGUACAUACUGGACGAUGACAAGUGUGAUGUUCUGGACCAGUCAGACGAGGCGCCUUUCUAUGUACACUCCAAGCCUGUCAAGGACCGCAGCCCCUUCACUAUACUGGCCUCCACGCGCUUCGUUCGUGCACGUUUUUUCAACUCCUUGUCUCUUCCUAGCAAGAAACUACGUUCCACUAGUGAUCCUAAGACCCCCACUGGCUCCCGCACCCCAACUGAACUUAAGACCGGAAAUAUGCGGCGUAACCGGACAGUGACAGAGCCCUCUGUUUACAGCCCAUGUCAGAGCGACGUCUUCUCCACUGUGUUUAAUGGCAGAGGAAUGCCAAAAAGUCCUACUGUCAGCCUAGAGACGUCAUUUGUUGGGACCAGGGGGGGAUCUGAAGAGCAUCUUGUGGAUGGAAGGCUGGCCAGGGGAGGAGGUUCAGGUCUGGGACUCAGUGGUCUGGGAGGACACAUAGAGCACCCGAGUCGAGAGCGAGAGCAGAGCAGUCGAGAGCGUCUAACAGGGGGAGACGGUGGUUCCUCUUCGAGCGGAGGUAAUGUGGGAGGUGGUGGUGGAGGCACGCAGUUCAAAAGCCGCAGUCAGAGCUUUAACACGGACACCACGACCAGCGGCAUCAGCUCCAUGAGCUCCAGCCCAUCUAGGGAAACCGUUGGAAACCCCGAACAUUCCGAACCUGAGCCAGACUCUUCUGACUGUGUUAGCCUCAACACAGUUGUGUCAGCCAAGACUGUUAAGACCCUGUCACCCCUAACCCCCCAAUCUCAGACCAACCACAUGUCUGCAUCGAAGUCCUCCACUGUGUCUUUGGUACCGCCCGGCUCCUCGCACACACUCCCCCGGCGAGCUCAGUCUCUUAAGUCCCCCUCAGUGACCACCAUCAAGAGUCUGGCUGACUGCAGCUUUAUGUAUACCAGCCAAAGAGAUGCUUUGGGCUACGCCACACUGAAGCGGCUGCAACAACAGAGGAUACACCCGUCUUUGUCCCACAGUGAAGCACUGGCUUCACCUGCAAAAGACGUGCUCUUCACAGACACCAUCACCAUGAAGACUGGCAGCUUGGACUCCAGGCUAACACCUCGCAGGCUAUCAGAUAGGAGAUGUACCUGCCCAGAGCCCAGCAUCUUAAGUCCUUACCACAGACUGUCAAGAACACUUGUGCCGCGGUUUUUGAAGGCCCUGAGCUUCGCCUCUCUCGAUAAAGAGGAGCUCCUCAGCCCCAUCAACCAAAGCACACUGCAGCGCUGCUCGUCGGUGCGCUCCAUGGUCUCCAGCGCCACCUAUGGGUGCACCGAUGACUACAUCGGCCUUGCGUUGCCCGUGGACAUUAAUGAUAUGUUCCAUAUUCGAGACACUGCGUACUUUCAGCAGAGGAUUAGUCCACCUUCAGAGGAGAGGAAACGCUUUGUCUUUGGUGACGGAGACGGCGACCGUCCCGCUAUCCCACUACUGAAGCAACAGUUCAGUAUCACAGAGCUAAUCGUGAACCGAGGCGACUGCCCAAACCACACGGUGGGCUCAGACGAGACGGGACUGCAAGAUCAUACUGAGGAGAACUGCCUCUACUGUGUAGGAGCCUUGGUCCUCGGAUAUCCUGCACAGCCGCCCACCAACAGCACGCGGCCUCGAUCAGACUAUGUGGACUUUCCAUCCUGGGGAGGCCAGAGCAGCCAUCGUCUGGAAGUGAUGCCUCAGUCCAAGUUCUCUGGUGUGUCAGGAUGCAGCGAUGCCGCCGUGUCACAAGACUCCAUCUGUGGCACCCCCACACCUAGUGACAUUGUCAUUGUUGGCAAAGCGAUAUCAGAGGACGGCCCAGCCUCACGGGUCCUGCUGAGGAAGGAAGUGCUUCGUCUCAUCAUCAACCUCAGCUCAUCUGUUGGGACCAAAGGCCACGAAACAGGACUUCUCACGAUAAAGGAGAAGUUUGCGUAUGCGUUUGAUGACAUCUGCCUGUACUCCGAGGUGUCUCACCUGUUAGCCCACUGUAUGUUCCGCCUCACAUCCCGACGCUUCAUACAGGAGCUCUUCCAGGAUGUGCAGUUCAUGCCAAUGUACGAAGAGGCAGAGGCCAUCCUGACCAAGCUACCAAAACCCGUCGAAGUAGACGGGGAGCCUCCUGCGGAAUGCUGAUCGUCGUCCUCCCUCCUGUGUCACCAUGACAACGCCGCCCGACAAACUAUGAACCGUGAGACCGACCGAUGAAAGGGGAGGGAGAAUUUUUUUUUUUCUGUCGCUCCAAACAGAGUGCCAGCAGCCAAGGAAGAAAAGGAGUAAACAAAGAUCAGUAUCUGGUGUUUGACAAAAACCGGUUUAGUGCUGUUUUUAAAUGGCCAAAAACAAGGAGUAAACCAAUAACUGUCUUCAGAUUGGGUUGGCAAUCAGGAGCAAGACUUGAUAAUGCGUCACAAUAACAAACAAAAUUCUAAUGACAUUUUGUGUCCUUCCAGCAGUUGCGUCUACCCAGUGAUUCCUCACAUCAUGCAAGCUUUUUUCCUUACGAAACAAAACUAAACAAAGGGUCCUGCUGGGGGGUUUUGAUUUAGAUUUUUUUAUCCGAGACGUUUUCCUAGUUGUUGCCUGAUCGGUACUAUUUCACAUUUCUUGCCACAUGACUUUCCCACAAUUCCUUUUCUAUGAUCUCAGACAAUCAAGCAUCUGUAGUAUUGUCAUCUUCAGCGCUAUACAGUAUAUCCUUACUCGCUACUUUCUUUCAGUCAUUUUCUUCAGCCAUUGUUGGUAAGUUUUCUGGUGUGUGUUGAUCUUUCUACUUCUUACAGAUUUCGCAUCAACCCAGCAGCUCCCCCACACUAUGCCUUCUUACCUCCGUGCUUCACUUCCUCUGCAUGUGUAACGCGCAUGGGCCAAGUUGUCACCUUAACCUUUUUUUUUUUUGUAAUUUAGGUUGCCAUUGGAACGCUGCCACGACAUUGUAGGAGUAGACUUGUUUAUUUCCACGAUGCAUUGUCAUCGUCAAGUGGCUAAGACGAGAGAGAGAGGGGGGGUUAUCUGUUUUCCCUUGGCUUGUUUUUUGCUCUAAUGCUGCUACACAAAUGGACUCAUAGAGAGAUGAUUCAUAGAUCGGCUGAGUGAUGUCAGACCCGAUCUAUUUAUUAUAUGUCUGUACCAUAGAGUGAGCUCAACCAGAGAAGAGAAAAAAAAAAAAAAGUUAUUUAUAUUUUUCCUCAAGACUGUAUUAUAAUUUAAUAAGUUGUUGUUUUUGUUUAGUUUGCCUAAAUCGUGGUUUCCCCUGUAUAUUGUGUACAGUCUGUUUUGGGGGCAUUGAUGACCUAAAGAAACAUACAAUCCUAUCAAAGGGAUGCGUUGUUAAUAAAAAAACAAAUUGAAA